CAUCUGUACCCUUAACGGUUGUAAAAUACAAGCAAUUACCCCCGGGUGUAUGAGUCAUCACUUCCUGGAAUAAAUUCGAACUCACGCCACAAAGACCGUCGACCACCAGUUGUCUUUGUUAGCAUCGUCGAGACAUGUGCUGUACCAAGUACGCAAGAAGGACAAUAAAAGUUUAGUUUUUGUUAUGAUCUCGUCUCGUUUGUUUCUUUCACCCACAGCGACAAAAGAUAAAAGCAACAACAACCCAAAAACCACAUUGGUGAGCCAGACUAAGAACAUAAUUCGACUAAAAACUACCAUUGGAACGUUCAUCAAGUACGUCGUUUACCACCUUUUCUCAAGACCUCAGUCGUCAGAUUAUGGCCAAGAUUGGAGCGGUAAAAAUCCCUCCAUACAACUUUUCCGACCCAGCCUUAUGGUUCCACAUGUGCGAAAGCACAUUUGCGCUAGGAUCUCCAAAGCCGAUCACGGAAAGUACCACAAAGUUCAACUAUGUAGUGACCCAUUUACCACCGGAAGUCGCAUCAAUGGUUAGAGACAUUAUUAUUUCUCCGGACUGUACAGACCCAUACGGUCACAUAAAGGUGGAACUUAUUAAACGAUCAUCUCAACAGGAGUUACGAAAACUAUUGGCCGGAGAACAGCUAGGAGAUCACAAACCCUCCAAACUACUACGUGUUCUAAAGCGUUGGGCAGAAAAUUUUCAAAUCCCGGACGCAGUUAUACUAGAAUUAUUCAUACAACACCUUCUGACUUCCGUCGAAUCUAUCCUAGCCGCCAUUACCCCACUCGACAUAGACAAAGCAGUGGAGGUAGCGGACCAUGUGGUGGAAGUAACCCCCGCAACGAUAGCUUCAGUAUCGCAACCUGAGAAACCCGAUACCAUAAGCAGCAAAAUACUAGUCGAAAUAGAUAAACUUAACAAGCGAAUGGAUCAACUAAUGCAGGCACGUCUGGAUCGCAGUGACCAUUUUUCUCGACGCUCCUGCAGCAAUUCAGGACAUCGCAACAAUUCAACUCACCGCAGUAUCAACAAAUACUGCUGGUACCACAACCAUUUUGGCGCAAAGGCACAAAAAUGUACUCCUCUGUGUAGUUUUACCAACAAACGAGAGCGGCGAAGUGUAGAGGCAACAUGCACUUUGCCGGAACAAUCUCGUCACCUGUUCAUCCUAGACAAGAAAACGAACAUAAACUUUCUCGUCAACACAGGUUCCAACGUAUCAAUAUUUCCAGUCUCCUCGUCUCAAAAGAAGCGCGCAUCUCAAAUGACCUUGAUGGCAGCAAGCACAACUGCAAUUCAUGUCUAUGACCAACGAACACUCACUCUCGAUUUUGGGUUAAAGAAAAUUUUUCGCUGGAAAUUCCUUAUUGGCAACGUGUCAACGGCAAUAAUAGGUGCAGAUUUCUUGUAUCAUUUCCAUUUGGUACCGAAUCUUAAACGCAAAUGUCUCACAGACGUUCAGACAAAGGUGAACUCUCCUGGCAAAUUAUUAGAAACCUUCAUCCACUCUAUUAAAAUAACGACCAACGACUCCGUAUAUCAUAAGAUAUUGGAAGAAUUUCCUGAGAUCACCAGACCACAUCCUAAUAAACCCGUAAAACACAACGUAGUACAUCAUAUAGAAACGAUUGGUCCGUCCGUAACUGCGAAACCACGUCGCCUAGCACGCGAUAGACUUAAAAUCGCUAAGGCCGAAUUUGAUAAGAUGAUAGCUCUCAGCCAUAUGUGAACAUCAAAAAGCAAUUACGCAUCACCAUUCCACAUGGUCACCAAGAAAAACAGUUCGGA